ACAACCAGGAAGUUGAACGGAGGAGGAAACGUAUUCACUUUGGAGGAGCAUCAAACUCGAGUCUUUAAAGAGGAUUUAUAAAGGUUUUAAGUAACAGCGCCAACUUUACAGAAAGUCGACCCAUCAGGUCUGCGGUCAAAGGGCGCUGUCUCCAACAGGAUGGACAUUGAUCCGGAGCGGGGAGGAGUGGCGGCAGAGCCGGUGCCACAGGACAAGGUGCAGGCCUUGAGGGAUCAGGUAGAUGGAGUGAAAAACAUCAUGACGCAGAACGUGGACCGGAUCCUGGCCCGAGGAGAGAGACUGGAUGACCUCAUGGACAAGUCAGAGGACCUGCAAGCAGGGGCUCAGCACUUCAAGCAGACGUCUCAGAAAGUGGCUCGCUCCUACUGGUGGAAAAACGUCAAGCUGAUCGUGGUCAUAGUGGUGGUCGUCCUCGUCAUCGUCCUCAUCAUCAUCCUGCUGGCCACCGGAGUCAUCCCUGUCAGUUCCCCGGUGCCUCCUUUGGUCAAUCCCACCCCCAAGCCCUAAACACACACACAAAUAAUGUACAUACAGACAUAUUAAAUCAUAAACAAACACAUUCCUAUUGCACAGUAUACAAAGUAAUAUAUAGACUCAUUCAAAUCACUGCUGUCUGGUGAAACCGUUAUUACUUCUGAGUUAGUUUUUGGCAGUUACUGGUGUCUUUCUUGCUUAUAUUGGAACUCAAGGACUUCACGCUUUGGUUUAAGGAACUUUAAUGACACAGAAGCUUUUGAAACUCUUUGAAAUUCCAGCUUAGCCAUUUUUGAAUUUGUGAGAAAUGAAACAAAAGUCAGAGGAAGGCCUGAGGUCUUCACCCGACAGCAGCAAAAACGGUCACUGUUCGCGACGAAUGCUUCGUAUCGCCACGUCAGCUCUGCGUGGUUUAUCUGUUUCACCACCAACGGUUCUAUCAUCGUGGUAACAAGGAAGUCCCUUCAAUGUGUGUAGAUGGAAAUAAUGUGUGUGGCAUUCUCUCGCCUCUUACUAGACAUCAUGUUUGUCUUGAAUGUUAUCAUGUACGUGCACCUUUUACAAAGGACAGUCUGUGUAGUUUAAAAGAUGUAAAAUGCAGUCUUUACAAGAGAUCAGGCAGCACUGUUUGACUUUUUCUGUUGCUGACAUUGGACAAAUGCACCAAACACAAAUCUGUAACAUUUUUGGGUCACACUAUAUUUAAUGAAGGCUGCGUUGUCUAAUGGAUAUGUAUGUUACCAUCUGUACCACCUUUCAAAGUGCUUCCAGCUUCUUUGAAGUGAGACAGUCUAGAAAAAAAAACAUUUGAUUGAAAUUCUAUUUAAAUUUGUCAGAUAGUUAUUGAGUUAUCAGCACUGCUUUAAAUCUUUUGAAAAUAUUGUCAUCAGCUCCUUAUUGGUGCUGAGGGUUAAUGUUUGAGGAGAGGUUUGUACUCUGCCGAUGGUACACAGUCAGAACUGAAAAGUUAUGCGGUUACUCUACUCUGCUACUCAAAGAUAACACAAAAUUGUAUAUUUGUGCUGUGCAGUAUCAUCGGCCUUUUUAACUGAUCAUGUUCACUUUUUCCUCACUGUGUUUUAACUCUAGAAAUAUUGCAGUUUGAAUGUAUGACUUUGGUACUUUGGUACAAUAAACAAACCACCGGGGUCAGCUGUUGAAGGUCUGCUCCCACACUAGUCCUGGAGGAGGAUCGGGCUCUUCCAGCCAACCAGCUGAGAGAGGUCAUUUACAGCCCCUCCACGGUUCCCCCUGCUGGGGCCUUGUCAACCAAUAGGCCUUCACAGUUCCAGCUUAUGACUAGAAAAUGGCCACCCACCUCUCUCUGCUGUUACAGUACCAGUUUAGCUUCAGAGGGGACAAAAUAAUCCCAUUUAUGAACUGUAAAUAGUCAACAUAUUCUCACCUAUAUGUAUAUUUGCAUCAGUCUUAAACUGCGUUAAAGUAUCUAUUCUUUUAGAGGCUGUUUAUUUAAUGCUUUAUGUCAGUCUUGUUCUUUCUUUUUCUAAUCAAAAAUCCAGACUGAUUAAUCAUAAAAUCAUAAAUAAUCAUAAAUUAUUCUGCUGUUCAUCAUUUUCUAGAAGUAGGUAUAAAAAAGAAGGCUGUGUUGGAACUAUUCCUACAUGUUUUUUAUGCGGCUCUGGGGUUCAGUAGUCCUAAUCUCUUUGCCUGUUCACACUCUCAUACUGACCUCAUUAAUGAGACCAUGAUCUUAACUGUAUUCACACAGGCUCCAGCUGCAGCAGCUUUUCCCAAUGCCUUUAACUCCUGUCAUUUUUCUUGUAAUUCUCAAUCCACAUCCUCAAAAACAGCUGAGAUACCCGGAUGCUGCUCAGUUGACCUGUGAUUUAGCUGAUUGAUUAACAGAAAUCUGAAGGGACUGAUUCUGAUGACUUCUGGUAUUUAAUGGUCGUAUAUGAAAUAAAUAGUAUUUUCCUUGGCUCA